AUGGCGUCUGAAGAGCCCACCACCGUCGCCGUCGAACAACCCAUUGUGGAAGAGCCGGCAGCCGUCGACACCCUCCCACCAGUUGUCAAUGAAGCUGAGGAGCCCGCUGCCAAGCCCAAGAAGGCACCCAAGGAGCCCAAGGCCAAGAAAGCUCCGGCCAAGCCCCGAACUCAUCCCACCUAUGAAGAGAUGGUUAAGGAAGCAAUUGUUGCAUUGAAGGAGAAGAGCGGUUCGAGCCAGUAUGCGAUAGCGAAGUUCAUUGAAGAGAAGCACAAGCAGCUCCCAUCGAACUUCAAGAAGCUUUUGCUGGUUCAGAUCAAGAAGCUUGUUGCUUCUGGCAAGCUCGUGAAGGUGAAAGCGUCUUACAAGUUACCGGCAAAGUCCACUGCUGCAAAGCCCGCCAAGAAGCCUGCUGCUUCAAAGUCCAAAGCCAAGCCCAAGGCUAAAGCUGCAACCAAGUCAAAGGCCAAGCCAGCUGCCAAGGCCAAGCCUGCUGCCAAAGCUAAGCCUGCAGCUAAGGCCAAGCCAGCUGCAAAGGCUAAGCCGGCUGCUAAGGCAAAGCCUGCUGCCAAAGCUAAACCCGCUGCCAAACCAGCUAAGACUGUCUCCGCCAAGCCAGCUGCCAAGGCCAAGCCUGCCGCGAAGCCCAAAGCUGCUGCUAAGGCCAAGCCAGCUGCAAAAGCGAAGCCAGCUGCUAAGGCUAAGCCGGCUGCUAAGCCAGCUAAAGCUGCAAGAACCUCGACGAGGACUUCACCUGCAGCUAAAGCUGCUGCUCCAAAGCCGACGGUGAAGAAGGCUGCUCCUGUGAAGAAGACUCCGGUGAAAGCGGCAGCGAAGGCAAAGACUGCGAAAUCUCCAGCGAAGAAGGCAGCGGCAAAGAGAGGGAAGAAAUGA